AUGCCAUGGGAGCUCACGCCUCACCUUGAAUCCAUGUUCAAUUCUGGGCCUUUGCCUUGGCUUGCGAAUCCCAAGAUUCCUAUGAACCUUCCUUCCUUGCCUGUGAGUUCGAUGCCACCUUUAAGUGACAGAAACAUUCUGGAAAGAAAGCGGCUUGCACAAACCUUGUGCUACAAAGCUUCCGAAAGACACCAUGACGAGCAACGUGCACAGGUUUUGUUGCAAUGGUCCGAUUUAGUUUUACGCUUCCCUACUGCAAGUGUUCUUGGACAACAGCUGCUAAAAUCGACUGAAGAUGUGGACGGCAACGCUUCGUUCCAGAUCAUCUCUGACACUUUGCAAAGUAGAGCUACAUCCACAUUGAAACUUCGUGCUUCUUCUUUAGCUCUUUUCUUUCGGUGGCAUGAAAAUGCCUAUUCUGGGUCAGAUGCGAUUCCGUUUGAGGAAGAAAAAGUGUAUGAGUACUUGUGUCACCUCAGGACAACAGGAUCCUCAGCUACACGUGGCUCUACGUUUGUAGGCAUUAUGAAUUUUGUGGGGGACCUAUUGGGUGUCCUUGGGGCCAAGGAUUGCGCAUUGUCUGCGCGCAUCAAGGGAGCUUCUUUGUCAAUGUUCUUAGAAAAGAGGCCACUUAAGCAAGCUCCUGCUUUACAUCCUGUGAUCAUAGCCAUUCUGGAAAUCGCGUGUUUCGCUGAAGCUGACACUUUUCUGCGAGCAGUGGCAGGAUUUUGCCUGUGCUGCCUCUACGGCAGACUGCGAAUAUCUGACCUCAACAGGUUGACCAAUUUGUCAGUGCGAGGUCGAUAUGUGGAAGGUUCAUUGAUGAGAACCAAAACAGCACGAAACAAGGAAAAACAGUGCACAUUUUUGCCCGUUGUUUUCCCAUGUAUAGGUUUCCUUGACGCAAACUGGUACAGAGCAUUUGAAGAAACCAGAGAUUGCCUACAGCUUUCUGCGGUUCCCACACUGGAGUCUCGCUCACAUGAUAGGAAUUUUGUGAUGCUUCCUUCAUACGCUACUGUAUCUUCAGACCUUCCUGUCAGUAUUUCAACGACUGAAGUGACCGAUAGUUUGCAAGUGAUUUUGGGAAAAGUCCUUGAUGAGGACACAGUCAGGGAUAUCACCAGCCAUUCACUGAAGACAAGCAUUCUUACAUUUCUUGGAGAAGCAGGCUGUGAUUACACACAUUCAGAGUUGCUUGGGUACCACCUAACCAGCCAUAAAAGCUCUUUGAACUACCAACGACAGGCGUUAGCAGCACCAUUGCGAUUCAUGAUGCACAUGCUUGAACUCAUCAGAGAUGGCGCCCUGCUGCCUUUGGGUAACCGAGAUGAAUAUCAUGUUCCUGAACACAAACGGCGCACAGUAGCAGAGCAAUUGACCAUGUGGACAGGUUUGAGUAUCGGCGGUGUAGCAGAAUUGAUGUGGGGUCAGACUGAAGAAGAUAUGUUGCACAGUACAAAUACUGAACUUUCAGGCAUGUGGCAAAUGUUUUGUACGGAAACUGUAAGUUUGGAAAUAGACGAUGACACCGAAGAACACGUAAGGGAUGAGCUUCCUGAAGAAGUUUCCAGUCUGCGCACCGUCCUGCGGUCAGAUGAAAGUAUGGAAAUCGAAGACGAGGUUUUGACGCCACAGGCUGAAGGUGCAAACGAGUCAGAUAGCGACACUUCGGUUUCCUCCACUUAUUCCUCUUCAGGGUCGGACUCUGCAGAAUGUGCAAUGGCUGUCGUAGCUCAUGAAGUCGGGCAGCUUGGUAGGGCGAAACCUAUGCUCGAUACUACGGAGACCCUGACAAAGCUUGGCCUCAUUGUACGCAUUGCUGGGGUGACAACAACCCCUGAUCCGUCAAGUGUACCAGUUCCUGCCCUAGGCACGAAGGAAAACAUGUUGAACCACUGGCACCAGUCCGAAUCACGAGUGAUUGGCGCUCGAACGCUAGGCUGCACCAAACCUGCUCUCGGGGUGUACCGGAGCAGCGUCACUACAGGACUGACGGUCACAGGUGACAUCCACAUGCUAGAUUCGGAGGCCGAUUUUGCCCAGAGGGCGCGGGAGAUCGGUGUGUCUGAUGAUGAGUUGCGAAAUUUGAAGAACCUCAACUAUGAUACUUUCGGACGCUUGGCAUUCGCCUCCAAUUACAUUCCAGGGCAAGCUGAUGAUAGCCCUUUGGCCACCUUAGCUGCUGAAGUGACUGGAAUCCCUCCUGCUCCUGCUGCACGAAUGCCUCUGAUCAGGCGUCUUGUGUUUGAAGCCUACACUUUGGCCUCUACUGAUAUGCGUCUCAGAGCUGAGAGAAAAGACGAUGAACAACCCAGGCGGCUGGCACAGGCAGAGCGCUCAGCGCGCUACAAUGACCAGUGCAGGCGGUUGACUGGACUGGAGUUGGUGGGGGAGUUAGAACCCUCCAACUCUCUCAUCGACAUUGUGUACAACAUGGGAGAAGAAAACAAGUUGCGCUAUGUGCGUUGGGAGGAAUGUAUAAAACGUGACCAAGAGUUGAUGGGGAUCAAAUGUGAUCCUGUCUGGAAAGCCGACUCAAAUGGAGUCAUCCGUGAAACCAAAGUUCAGGCAGCAUUGACGGCAGAAUAUGAUACAGACCUCAAGUUGAAAUUUGCCCUGCAGAGGCGAUCCCUCUCUUUCGAUCAGUCACGUUUGAUAGAUUACGAAGUGUUUGAACGUUGGUCGCAUAUUCUUUUGGAAACUUACACAGCACCUGCCAUGGAAGGAUAUCAGAAAGUUUCCAUAGAGCAAGUCCACAGAGCCGAUUUGCAACUUUUCAAAAACAUGAUGAGAGAUACCAGAGGUGGAAUCAGGGUGACUGCCGGAAAUCAGCCAUUGCAGGUCGCUUUGCAGACUGCCAUGAAAGCACCUGAAGUGCGCCUGUGUCUGCAGCCUUUGCAAGGCUCUAGCAACAAGCGACGGAUGGACACUACAGAGGGGGAUGCUCCCCACAAGAAGCCCAAGGAGGAGCCUUACAACGAAAAGAUGAAAAGGACAAUUGAGAAUCUUCAAGGGCAGCUUCGCAAUUUACAAGCUCGUGCUACUCACAACCAAGCACCAUCCUUUUCCUCCUCUUCAAGAGGCCGCGGCAAAGGAAAGGGCAAGUCCAAAUUAAUCAGAAUGCCUGCGCCGCUGAUUGGCAUGAGUCCUACGACAGCUUCGGGGGAGCCCAAAUGUUUCGAUUUCAACCUGCAAGGUUGCGCAAAAUGCAAACCGGGCGAGCGCUGCCCGCGCGGGCUAGUGUGCAUUGAGCUUUGCGCAGGUUGUGCACGACUCUCCGCGACUCUCAAAGAGAGUGGCUUCAAGACCAUUGCUGUGGAUCAUUCUAAGAAUCGCCACAAACCAUUGCAUGGUAUCACACUUUUGGAUUUAUCUGACGAUCAAUGUUUGCAACAUUUACUGCAGCUUCUGGACUGUCCAGAUCUGGUAUUCUAUUUACAUGCCACGCCACCUCACGGCACUUGCUCGUGUGCAGAAGACUUCUUUGAGACGAGUGACACAUCGCAGUGCCCCAAACCGGCAACCGCUGCGUUCCAAGCAGCACCCGCAGGGCCUGCCCAAUUUGACUGGGCCGUCCCUGGAACGGGUGACCAGAGCCAACAACAUAGUACGCAAUAUCGCAGCCAUUCUCCAUCAUUUCUUCAUGCACAGCAGCUGUGUCAUUUCACUUGCAAAUCCGAGAAGAUCCCGUGUUUGGAACACCACCUGGAUAAAGACGUUAAUUGA